AAAACGAAGAAUUUACCCUUUAAAUAGACUUAAAACGGGUAUAUUUAUGGGGGGUACGUUUUUUUCCCGUGAAAUUUGCCACAAAACUCGUGCUAAUAUCCAAAAUCUUAUAAAAGCAUCUCCAGUAGUUCUUUUUAUGAAGGGAACACCAGAAAAACCUUUAUGCGGCUUUUCAAGCGCUGCAAUCCAUAUAUUAAACCUUUUUUCAAUCAAUCCUACUAAGUUUAUAACAUAUAAUGUAUUAGAAGAUGAUAAAAUGAGACAAGGAAUUAAAGAAUAUAGUAAUUGGCCAACAAUACCACAACUUUAUAUUGAUAAUGAGUUUAUUGGAGGAUGUGAUAUUCUCCUUGAGAUAUAUAAAAAUGGGGAGUUAGAAAGACUUCUUAAUAAAGCAGGUGUUUUAAAACCGGAUAAUUUGUAAUUUUAUGAAUAUAACGAAGAAUUCUACAAUUGA